AUGCCAGCUACGCUGAAACCGCCGCAGCCGCUAUCGCGCGGCUGGCCGUCGUUCUGGCGGUCGACGUGGUAUAACUGGAAAAUGGUCUUUGAUAACCCCCUAGGUGAAGUCGCUGGAUCUUUGGGGGACUUAGGAACACUUCUUCCUUUGAUAACAGCUAUGGCAGCUGCUGGCACCAUCGACCCGACAGCAACAUUUAUUUUCUCUGGACUUUGGAAUAUAGUGUCGGGUAGUUUAUUCGGGAUUCCAAUAGUUGUUCAACCGAUGAAAGCUAUCGCAAGUAUUUCUAUCGCCCGCCCCAUGACCCUCCACGAAACAAUGGGUGCGGGUAUCUCCGUCGCCGUCAUCGUCUAUAUCCUCACGUUCACCGGAUUUCUCGCUGAAUUCGGCGAACGGAUACCCAUACCUCUCAUCAAAGGCAUACAAAUGGGAGCAGGUCUCUCGCUCGUUCUUAACGCUGGCGCCACACUUAUGAAGCUCUCAUGGUCGGCCCACUCCGCGGAUAAUUAUAUUGUUGUUGUAUUAGCUUGGAUUUUACUAUGCUUUACGUCAAGGCAUCAUCAGUUUCCCUACGCACUACUUAUCUUUGGGUUAGGAAUGUUUUUGGUAUUGAGCACUGGAGUUGAGGUGCCGAAAGCUGGGUGGAAUCUACCAACUUGGACACCACCAGCUUGGGCGGAUGUUAUGAAUGGUUUCUGGUUUGCGGGAUUAGGGCAACUUCCAUUGACGAUUCUCAAUUCUGUGGUGGCGGUUACCUAUCUUUCUGCGGAUCUACUUCCUGAACGACCUUCACCGUCUAUUGAAGCUCUGGGCACCAGUGUUGCUACAAUGAAUUUGAUCGGUUGCUGGUUCGGGGCUAUGCCAGUAUGUCACGGUAGUGGUGGACUUUCCGGUCAAUAUAGGUUUGGUGCAAGGUCCGGCGCAGCACCAGUUAUGUUGGGUAUCGCCAAAGUACUCGUUGGGUUAUUUUUCGGUUCAUCAGUCAGCACUCUACUCGUUAACUUUCCAAAGUCAUUUUUGGUCGUCCUCGUUUUCGCCGCUGGUAUCGAACUUGCGAAGGUUGGGGAGGAUUUAAAUUCAACAGCGAGGGAUUUAUGGGAGAUUCAAGUUGAGAAUAGGGCGAUUAUACAUCCGACUUUAGGGCUUAGACUGCACCGCGAGAGGCUGGUCCGGGUGGAUAUUACAGACCGAGAGAAGAAAGAGCGAUUCGUUAUCAUGCUUGCGACGGCUGGUGGAGUUAUAGCGGCAAGGAACGAUGCGGUCGGAUUAUUCGCAGGGACUACAUGUAUUUGGAAUCAAGAAGAGGCAGCCAGCGCCAGUGGUGACAAGCCCGCCGGUUCGAAGCCGAGAGUCCUCCCGCACGCCUCUUCUACGAGAACGAAGAUCGUUCAGCCCAAGAGCUAUCGCAAGAAGUCUGAGCCCAAGAAGGUCACGAAGUCCUAG